AAAGUGUAGUAGAAUGAAUAUUCAUGUGGUUCUUUAUUGCCGUACGUCUGCUUCUGCAAACAUAAUUACUUAUAAGGAUUGAAGCUGUGAUUCUAAACAACAGAACACAGCACACAGCUAUUGCUUGUAGCAUCUUCAAUCUCAGAUUCAUUUUCGGCACCCAGAAAAAAUUUUAUCUGUUUUCUUCAAUUGGGUACCUUGAAUCAAAAAGGAGCCUUUGAAUUCUUUUUGAGCAAAUAUAUUUGAAGUUUGAUAUAAAUAAUUUUAUUUGGCAUAAGCAUUAUAUCAAUGGGCACUUCUGAAGCUGUUCUACAAGUUUUGUCUGGGGCUGUACCUCGUCUUUUUUGUGGUGACCCGUAUUUUAGCGCAUCAGAUUCAAGAUGUGCUUUUAAGUUCCCUUUAAAAUGUUCAAGGAGAAGGGCCUCAAGUUAUUUGCAAUUUCUCAAGUAUUCAAGUAUGCAACAAUAUGGAGUUCGAGGGAUUGGCAGUAGUUUUCCUGGAAGUACAAAAGUUGAUCAUUCUUGGCUUCAUAGUUGCAAAUGCCAAAAGGCUGAGAGUGUAAGCGGGGUAACUACUGAAGAUGGAAAUGGGGCUUGGUUUGUGGACAAUGCAAAGAAAUUGAAUCCCAUAGACAGUAUGGUGAAUGCGCCAAAUGUUCUGGAGUUUCAGGAUCUUCAACAGUUGAAAGAGGAAAAGGAGGUUUUUACAUCUAGUGGUGCAAAUGGAGCACUCAGAGACACCUUUCACGGUCUCAAUAUUGAUUCCAUUGAGGAUGAAGCAUGGGAAUUACUCCGGGAGUCUAUGGUUUAUUAUUGUGGUAGUCCUAUAGGAACAAUUGCUGCAAAAGACCCAACUAGUUCCAAUGUGUUGAAUUAUGAUCAUGUUUUUAUUCGAGAUUUCAUACCUUCUGGUAUAGCUUUCCUAUUGAAGGGGGAGUAUGAUAUUGUUCGAAACUUCAUCCUUCAUACGCUUCAAUUGCAGAGCUGGGAGAAAACUAUGGAUUGUCACAGUCCUGGUCAAGGAUUGAUGCCUGCUAGCUUCAAGGUGCGCACAGUUCCCCUGGAUGGUGAUGAUUCUGCUACAGAAGAGGUAUUGGAUCCUGACUUUGGAGAGGCAGCCAUUGGCCGUGUUGCACCAGUUGAUUCUGGAUUAUGGUGGAUUAUUUUAUUACGUGCCUAUGGAAAAUGCUCGGAGGACCUCUCUGUUCAGGAGAGAGUUGAUGUGCAAACAGGAAUUAAAAUGAUUCUAAGGUUAUGUCUUGCUGAUGGUUUUGAUAUGUUCCCUACAUUAUUAGUGACAGAUGGUCCCUGUAUGAUAGAUCGCCGAAUGGGAAUUCAUGGCCACCCUUUGGAAAUACAGGCACUAUUUUAUUCAGCAUUACUUUGCGCACGUGAAAUGCUUGCUCCAGAGGAUGGAUCAGCUGAUCUUCUGCGGGCACUGAACAAUCGUCUGGUAGCUCUGUCAUUCCAUAUCAGAGAGUAUUAUUGGAUUGAUUUGAGAAAACUAAAUGAGAUUUACCGUUAUAAGACUGAAGAGUACUCAUAUGAUGCAGUUAACAAGUUCAAUAUUUACCCGGAUCAAAUUCCUCCUUGGUUGGUGGAAUGGAUGCCCAAUAAAGGUGGCUAUCUAAUUGGAAACUUGCAACCAGCUCACAUGGAUUUCCGAUUUUUUUCUCUGGGAAACUUGUGGUCUGUUGUGAGCAGUGUUGCAACAGUGGAUCAGUCACAUGCCAUAUUAGAUCUCAUUGAAGCCAAAUGGGCAGAUUUGGUAGCAGAUAUGCCAUUUAAGAUAUGUUAUCCUGCUCUUGAAGGUCAGGAGUGGCAGAUUAUCACGGGAAGUGAUCCUAAGAACACCCCUUGGUCCUACCACAAUGCAGGUUCUUGGCCAACUCUACUCUGGCAGCUUACAGUCGCAUGCAUAAAGAUGAACAGACCAGAAAUUGCAGCGAGAGCUGUCGAGAUUGCUGAGAAACGCAUAUCACGAGACAAGUGGCCUGAAUAUUACGACACUAAAAGGGCAAGGUUCAUUGGAAAACAGUCACGCCUGUUCCAGACCUGGUCAAUUGCAGGAUACCUUGUGGCAAAGCUCCUGCUUGCUGACCCAAGUAAAGCCAAGAUUCUGGUAACCGAAGAGGAUUCUGAACUUGUCAAUGCCUUCUCUUGCAUGAUCAGCGCCAACCCAAGAAGGAAGCGCGGUCUGAAGAAUUCGAAACAGACCUAUAUAGUAUGAAUAUUCUAAUUUAAAUCACAUGCCUUGGUGCCAGGCAGUUAACUGCAUUCAUAUGAAGAUUGACUAAAGUUUCGGCUGAUUUAUGGUUUGAUUUAUCCAACUUAUAUUUCGAUUGCUUGAAAAUUGGGUUACUGUAAAAUAAUUCUUCACUGAAUGGUUGGGUUGUGCUGAAGUUAUUAUACAAGCUUAUUCAUGUAUAUCAUGAUAUUCAUUUGUAAAGAUGAUGUAGCCAGUUUAGGAUUCCAGGUGUAUCCUCUUAGUAGGCAUUGGAGACUUUGUGAACUUCUAUAGAAAUAAAUUGGAUGGCAUUUGUCAGGACCA